AUGUCACAGAAUCAACAUUUUAAAGAUACCAAAGUGCCUCUGAGGGAGGAACGAGACAAGAGAGGAGGAGGUGUGUGGAGAGGAGGAGACAACGAGGUGUGUGGAGAGGAGACGAGGAGGUGUGUGGAGAGGAGGAGACAACGAGGUGUGUGGAGAGGAGGAGAUAAGGAGGUGUGUGGAGAGGAGGAGACAACAAGAGGAGGAGACAACAAGGUGUGUGGAGAGGAGGAGACAAGGAGGUGUGUGGAGAGGAGGAGACAAGGAGGUGUGUGGAGAGGAGGAGACAAAGAGGUGUGUGGAGAGGAGGAGACAAGGAGGUGUGUGGAGAGGAGGAGACAAGGAGGUGUGUGGAGAGGAGGAGACAAAGAGGUGUGUGGAGAGGAGGAGACAAGGAGGUGUGUGGAGAGGAGGAGACAAGGAGGUGUGUGGCGAGGAGGAGACAACGAGGUGUGUGGAGAGGAGGAGAUAAGGAGGUGUGUGGGGAGGAGGAGACAAGGAGGUGUGUGGGGAGGAGGAGACAAGGAGGUGUGUGGAGAAGAGACAAGGAGGUGUUUGGAGAGGAGGAGACAAGGAGGUGUGUGGAGAGGAGGAGACAAGGAGGUGUGUGGGGAGGAGGAGACAAGGAGGUGUUUGGAGAGGAGGAGACAAGGAGGUGUGUGGAGAGGAGGAGACAAGGAGGUGUGGAGAAGGAGAGAAGGAGGUGUGUGGAGAGGAGGAGACAAGGAGGUGUGUGGAGAGGAGACGAGGAGGUGUUUGGAGAGGAGGAGAGAAGGAGGUGUGUGGAGAGGAGACAACGAGGUGUGUGGAGAGGAGGAGAUAAGGAGGUGUGUGGAGAGGAGACAACAAGGUGUGUGGAGAGGAGGAGACAAGGAGGUGUGUGGAGAGGAGGAGACAAGGAGGUGUGUGGAGAGGAGGAGACAAAGAGGUGUGUGGAGAGGAGGAGAUAAGGAGGUGUGUGGAGAGGAGGAGACAAGGAGGUGUGUGGCGAGGAGGAGACAACGAGGUGUGUGGAGAGGAGGAGAUAAGGAGGUGUGUGGGGAGGAGGAGACAAGGAGGUGUGUGGGGAGGAGGAGACAAGGAGGUGUGUGGAGAAGAGGAGACAAGGAGGUGUUUGGAGAGGAGGAGACAAGGAGGUGUGUGGAGAGGAGGAGACAAGGAGGUGUGUGGGGAGGAGGAGACAAGGAGGUGUUUGGGAGAGGGAGACAAGGAGGUGUGUGGAGGAGGAGACAAGGAGGUGUGGAGAAGGAGAGAAGGAGGUGUGUGGAGAGGAGGAGACAAGGAGGUGUGUGGAGAGGAGACGAGGAGGUGUUUGGAGAGGAGGAGACAAGGAGGUGUGGAGAAGGAGAGAAGGAGGUGUGUGGAGAGGAGGAGACAAGGAGGUGUGUGGAGAGGAGGAGACAAGGAGGUGUGUGGAGAGGAGACAAGGAGGUGUGUGGAGAGGAGGAGACAAGGAGGUGUGUGGAGAGGAGGAGACAAGGAGGUGUGUGGAGAGGAGGAGAUAAGGAGGUGUGUGGAGAGGAGGAGAUAAGGAGGAGACAAGGAGGUGUGUGGAGAGCAGGAGACAAGGAGGUGUGUGGAGAGGAGGAGACAAGGAGGUGUGUGGAGAGGAGGAGACAAGGAGGUGUGUGGAGAGGAGGAGACAAAGAGGUGUGUGGAGAGGAGGAGACAAGGAGGUGUGUGGAGAGGAGGAGACAAGGAGGUGUGUGGAGAGGAGGAGACAACGAGGUGUGUGGAGAGGAGGAGAUAAGGAGGUGUGUGGGGAGGAGGAGACAAGGAGGUGUGUGGGGAGGAGGAGACAAGGAGGUGUGUGGGGAGGAGGAGACAAGGAGGUGUGUGGAGAGGAGGAGACAAGGAGGUGUGUGGGGAGGAGGAGACAAGGAGGUGUUUGGAGAGGAGGAGACAAGGAGGUGUGUGGAGAGGAGGAGACAAGGAGGUGUGGAGAAGGAGAGAAGGAGGUGUUUGGAGAGGAGGAGACAAGGAGGUGUGUGGAGAGGAGGAGACAAGGAGGUGUGUGGGGAGGAGGAGACAAGGAGGUGUGUGGAGAGGAGGAGACAAGGAGGUGUGUGGAGAGGAGGAGACAAGGAGGUGUGGAGAAGGAGAGAAGGAGGUGUGUGGAGAGGAGGAGACAAGGAGGUGUGUGGAGAGGAGGAGACAAGGAGGUGUGUGGAGAGGAGACGAGGAGGUGUUUGGAGAGGAGGAGACAAGGAGGUGUGGAGAAGGAGAGAAGGAGGUGUGUGGAGAGGAGGAGACAAGGAGGUGUGUGGAGAGGAGGAGACAAGGAGGUGUGUGGGAGAGGAGACAAGGAGGUGUGUGGAGAGGAGGAGACAAGGAGGUGUGUGGAGAGGAGGAGACAAGGAGGUGUGUGGAGAGGAGGAGAUAAGGAGGUGUGUGGAGAGGAGGAGACAAGGAGGUGUGUGGAGAGGAGGAGACAACGAGGUGUGUGGAGAGGAGGAGACAAGGAGGUGUGUGGAGAGCAGGAGAUAA